CGGCGUUCCUGACUGGCUGAGAGUUUUAGCACAGUACUUUGAACAGUUUAACAUUUCCUUGUAUUCGUGAUAAGGAGGGAGGCUUGCUAACUAUUUCCAUCGACGUCUCACAAGAAAGGAACAUGGCUGAGCCUCGUGGCGAUGGUGGCGUGCAGAGUGGUGGGGAUACUGUGGACGCCUUAAAGCUGUUUAGAAAGAGGUCGGAUAAAGAACCCGCAGGCAAUGGUAAGACUCCUGAGGAAGUGGACUCUGCCCCCAGCGGUAAAACAGCAGGCUCUGACCCUUUCCGCUACAAGAUGGACUACCCCUGCCUCGGGAAGUGUCUCAUUAUCAACAAUAAGAACUUCGACAGGGGCACAGGGAUGAAUGCCCGUAACGGGACGGAUGUGGAUGCUGCUGCUGCUAUGCAGAUCUUCUCUAAGCUGGGAUAUAAGUGCCAGGUGGCCAAUGAUCAGACCGUGGAACAGAUGAAACAACUGCUGCGAGAUGUAUCCAUGGAGGACCACAGUAAAAGUGCAUCAUUUGCGUGUGUAUUGCUAAGUCACGGAGAUGAGGGGAUAAUAUACGGCACUGACGGCUGUGAAAAGUUUGAAGAGCUGACGAAAUACUUUAAAGGAAAUCGCUGUAUGGGUCUGGUGGGGAAGCCGAAGCUCUUCUUCAUACAGGCGUGCCGUGGGUCAGAACUGGACGAUGGAAGCCUCAUCGAAGCCGACAGUGUAGAGGAGCAAACAUCAGCAAGGAUUCCUGUGGAGGCAGAUUUCCUGUAUGCGUAUUCCACUGCUCCAGGCUACUACUCAUGGAGAAACACAUACAACGGUUCCUGGUUCAUGCAGUCGUUGUGCGAGAUGUUGGAGCGUUUCAGUGGAGAGCUCGAGCUGAUGCAGAUCAUGACCCGGGUCAACCGCAAGGUGGCACUAUACUUCGAGUCCUCCUCCAACCUACCUGGAUUUAGUGGCAAGAAGCAGAUACCCUGUAUCGUCUCAAUGCUGACCAAAGACUUCUACUUUCCCUCAUAAAGAUGGAUAUUUUUUACCUAUAGAAUAUACUUACCUGUGAGCUGAGUCCAAAGUAACGGGGCUGAUAGUACCGAUUUCAUAUCCAUCUAUUCAAAUCCUUCCAUCCUUUAAAGGUGCCUGAUUUCUACCCUCUUUGGCCAAACACUUCAGUCCUGCUGUGCAUAGUUCAUGUAAAACAGGAUAAAAUUAAUUUUAUUGUGACUUCAAGGAGAACCCAAAUGUUCUCUCAAAAUUAGGAUAAAAGGAAAUGAAUCAGUGAGGUUCAUGUUGAGCCUCAACUGUUUUUCAUGAUAUAUUUGUAAUGAGGUCUUUAGUUGCGUCUUCUAGGAACCCUUAAGCGUUUUUAUUCUAUCUUUGAUCAUCAUGUGAUGCAGAAAGGAUACUAUAGGGUGUUGGGGUGUAUUUUCAGUGAUUAAAUACUUGUGGAAAUGUGGACUUCUACUUCGACUACACAAAGGCAAUACUGUAUAGUUAUAGAAUAAACAAUGAGUUUACCACAUUCAACUUCUCUACAUUUUAUCAGUUUUUGGAUGCAAUAAAUGCACAAGCACAAAUAGAUCAUCACAAAAUAUCAGGCCAUAACACACACCAGAAAAAAGUGCUUCCAAAGGUUACAUAUAGACUCCUAUCACUGUCCUUGUAGCAAUUUAAUGUUUAUGUAGCUGUGAUGAUGGCAAGUCCAUCUUAACUGAGCAGAGCAACACAAUGCUAAUGUUAAUGAUAAUAAUAAAUAAUAUGAAUACUGUUGUAGAAUAUCUGGAGUAUUUAUUUUCUUUCUCAGGUGUCCAUAGGUCUUGUUUUUAUGUAUUACUGCAUUACUACUGUCAUUACCUCUGGGGACGUCUAUAUACCAAAACAAGAAUAGAUAAUAGAUAAUAGAUAAGGAUUUAUUUAGUAAUAAUAUAGGUACAUGCAAGACUGUAGUCACUAGUCCUGACAUACACUUACAUUGUUUAGAAUAUAAACACAAUAAAACUACAAAUUUAUUUUCAUUAUGGUCCUCGUUACAAAAGGAAAGGUAAAACAACAGAUCUUAAAUUUCUUGGCAUUAUAUCUGUGUUAAUGCUGAGCCUGCAAUGAAACUUCUUAACACAAAAAAAUAUUUCACAUGCUCUGUUCAUCUUAUGUUCAUCUUUUGUUACUUUUUUUUUUUUUUUUUUCUU